ACAGAACUCAAGUUAUGGACCAGUGGCGCAGGAUCGCAGCAGUGUUGAGCAUAUUCGCGUUCAUAAAAGACUUCCGACCUAGCGAUCCUUUCGUGGUUCAAUUUCUUAACGGUCCUUGGCACAACAUAACAACACAGGACAUUAAUCAGCAAGUGUUUCCGGUGGGAACCUAUUCCUACGGGGCGCAGCUAGUGGUAACUUUUCUAAUUACUGAUUACUUCCGUUACAAACCGUUAAUCGUGCUGUCCAGCCUGGCCGGACUCGUCUACUGGGCUCUGUUCAUCUGGACCUCGCAGCUCAGAUGUCUACAGCUGGCGGAGGUUUUCUACGGAACGUACAAGGCGGCAGAUGUGGCAUUUUGGUCCUACAUCUACGUCCGAGUAGAGAGAUGCCACUAUCAGAAAAUCACCUGCUACACAAAGUCAGCAGCAAUGGCUGGGAAAUUUGUGGCAGCUGUCGGAUCCCAAGCACUCCUGGUGUACGGAGUGGUGAAUUUUUUGGAUCUGAACUAUAUAUCACUGGCAGUUCAAACAUGCACUGCUACCAUCGCAUUACUCCUACCAGCCGCACCAAGAAGCAUCUACUUCAAUCGCACCUCACCAGAGCAACGUCCAGCCGAUCAAACAUGUCCGGAUAGCAUUCCUCAAACUACAAAGGUAUCCACGACCCUAACGAUCCCGGAACGUCUCUCUGCCCUGCAGUUACUCUGGUUCCACGUCAAAUCUGCCUACAGCAACUUUACCGUUCUACGGUACAGCAUUUGGCACGCCCUGGCCAGCUGCGUCUACUAUCAGACGGUAGUGUACAACCAGGUGCUGUGGCGGACAAUCGGAGAACCUGCGCACGACAUGAUUCACUGGAACGGGGCCGUAGAAGCCAUUACGACGAUCUGCGCUGCGGGCAUCACAUUCUCCGCCGGAUUCAUUCCGUCUAAAACCCUGCAAACUAGGUUUACUCUGGCGGGGCUCGUUUGGAUCUUGUUUGCACAAGCCGGAAGUCUACUGGUGGCGGCCACGACCAGCAGCAUGUGGAUCGCUUAUGGAGCACAUAUUUUCUUUAGUGUACUUUACUCCUCUACAUCUUCGCUUUUGAGCGCACAGAUUGCCCAGCAUAUAUUUCGGGACAGUUUCGGCCUAGUGUUCGGUAUUAAUGCGGCUGUCGGAUCUCUACUGCAGAUUGUACUCACCUUGGCGGUGGUGGAUGGAGCUGGACUAUUUCAGACCAAUAUAUUCAGCCAGUUUGUGGUCUACAGUUGUAUCUGUGUAGCGAUGGGAGCACUGUUCGGCGGUUUUUUGUUGAUGGAAUUAGGAAAGCAAUGGUGGAAAUGUCUCAUUACUUUGGUUACAGACAGAAAAAGGGUCAAAUUAAAAGUGACGAUAUAGCUGAUACUAUAUUAGUCAUCACUGUACAUAUAGCGUGGUACAUUGGAACAAAAUGAGUGUGUUAAUACAAUCAUAUAUUAGGGAAUUUAGUGCCAUUAGGUUUAUUCUAAUACUCAAUUCGUGCUCUAGCGGCAGAUUACUUGUAAAGCAUUUUUAAAAAUCAACAAAAUUUAGCAUUUAGCAUUUUCUUUGCAUCAAAAUAGAAAUUUAAAAUGCAGCUCUACGUGCAACAAAACAACGAACAAAGUGGAUCAGCUUAAUACGUUUAUUGAACAGACUUUAAUGCGAGGGAAGUGCAAAGCUGAUGCAAAAAGGAAAUGAAAUGUACUUUUUCAAACUCGAUACAAAGUUGUUAUACAAAAACAGAUAUACAGAAAAAAGCGCCUAUGUGCUACCAGAUGAAGAAAACAGUGAAGUAGCGAAUACAAGAAC